GCGUAGACACCUGUGUCCCUCCCAUGCAAUCUCGCCAAGUUUGGAUCGCGGCAAACUUCAGGUCCCUGCCUUUCGCAAGAUGUGGGGGCGGCGCGCCUGCUAAACCGUGGAUCCGAACAUGGCUGUCGUCAACUCUUAUAGUCGGACUUUGUAAAGUCCGCGUGGGAUCCGCGCUUUACAAUGUUUGGGACGGCCGUGUCUACCACAAGCAAUCUCACCAAGUUCCCGGCGAACUUCACGUCGCCCCCUUUUGCAAGACAUGUUUCCGGCGCGUUUGCUGGACCGUGGAUCCGAACGUGGCUGUCGCCAGGUCGUGAAGUGUACAUAUGCGAAGUCCAUCGAGAUCCGCACUUCGGAAUGUUCGGGACGGAGAGGUGCGUAGACACCUGUGUCCCUCCCAUGCAAUCUCGCCAAGUUCGGAUCCCGACGAACUUGAGGUCCCUGCCUUUCGCAAGAUGUGGGGGCGGCGCGCCUGCUGGACCGUGGAUCCAAACAUGGCUGUCGUCAGCUCUUACAGUCGGACUUUGUAAAGUCCGCAUGGGAUCCGCUCUUCGCAAUGUUUGGGACGACCGUGUCUACCACAAGCAAUCUCACCAAGUUCGGAUCCCGGCGAACUUCAGGUCGCCGCCUUUUGCAAGACAUGUUUGCGGCGCGCCUGACGAACCGUGGAUCCGAACGUGGCUGUCGCCAGGUCAUGGAGGCAACGUCGUCGACAAUUGUAAGGGGGUGUUGCUGGAUAUGGAUUUGUUCGAGGGCUUCGGAGCGGGUGCUGUGAACACCCCAUUCUACAAUGACCUCCUGCGGCAGGGGGGGUUUGUUUUAGGUCGAGAAUUUUUUAACUUGUUAGAGGAGAGGGACAUCUGCCUCGACGUCCCCUGCGACGUCGGCCCCGCCCUGGAGCUGUCGACGCCCUUGCAGUUGUGCGGCGGUUGUGAAACCAGUGGGGCUGCGGCGGAGGGGGGAGACCUGGGUUCUGGUUCGGCAAGUCAACUGGAGCGGCCGGAAAGCCAUGGUAAUUUCGGCGACAGCGGAGACGAGGGAACACCGCUGCCGGUAACUUCGCACUCGGGCCGUAGAGUUCGCUCCGUGUUGUUUAUACCUGGGGUCCAGCAUACAGAACCGGUUAGAGAAGAGGUCUCGGCGGGUUCAGGAAAGGCGGCAGUUCAUUUGCAGACUGACGAAGACCUUGCCACGGAAGAGGAGCCGGUUGCUGGAGAGGGAACACAGAGCACUCCACAGAAAAGAAGGGGCAAUCGUGAAGACGAGUUCGUCGGCUCUUCGAAAAAACAGAAGACCAAGACCCCAAGGGGUGCGGGCGAGAAAAGGAAGGGGACGGGGGGGGAACAGGACCGCCCGGUUGGCAAACGAUCGGCUUCGAAACAAAAGCAGCCUGAGUCGGAGCCUUCUUCGUCACGGCCUCCCAUCGAUGUGGACGCCGAGUACUUCCUCGAGUACAAAGACGGCGUCAGGACAAGGCAGGAGUUUGAGAUUAGCCCAUCUCAGGUGGUCGACAUUGGGAAGUGGGAGGAUCUGUACAACCAACGGUCCUUGGAUCCCGUCCUAGUGGGAACGAUCAAAGAAGCGAUGCGGUUGGCGUUCGAGAAUAAAGAACAGUUGAAGUUCGAAAGUCGAGGGCUGGAUGACGAUUUGUGGGACGGUAGCAGGAAAUACGUUUCGGAUUCGGCUUUGUUCAAGGACUGCCCACCGUAUUUGGGUUGCGAGGAUGACCGCUCCAUCGAGGCGACGGAAAAAUUGGCGGGCCACAAGAAGUUGACGGUCGACUGGAGAAACAAGGUUCUCUCCGUGUUGACUGGGAAUAGACUAAAGAACCGGGAGGUCGCACUGGCAGAAGGCAUUGUCCACAUCAAAUGGAAAGACACAGGGGACGUGACAUCGAUUGCGCCGUUCGGCAACGACCCUUUGGAGGCUGACAUCAGGGGUGCAGAAUUGAAGGAGGCAGUGGCAGCCACGAAGAGUCACACCUUCGUACUGGAUCUGUGCGAGCCGGUUGACCUAACAUUGUGGAAACCCCAAGCGUGGGAGACUCUGAAUUCCUAUCUUCAGACUUGGUGUCCUUCGCAUUGGACUCUCGUUGUUUUCGUGCCGCGGCAGCAAAACCUCUCGUUUCUCGCCAGCAUGCACCAUCUUUCAUUCGUGAAGUUACUGGAAGGGAAGUGGGUGAGGAGGACCCAGCAAAAGAAAAGCUUCCCCAUGGGGAACAAUUUGUACACCGAGGAUGACCGCAUGUACAUCCUCUUCAAGGGUGACGAUAUGCGCGUGAACACGUCCGUGGUCUAUGAGGGAAGGUUGCCUAAGGGUGCCGCUGCAGCGGUGAGGUUGCCUCAGAGGGUUACCCCGACGGAUGUGUCGGAGAUUCCCUUCUCGCCUUGCGACUGGUCGCAGACCGCGCCGGAACGACAGGGCAGUGUGUACGGGGAUAUGGAACGCAACCUGACACAAUUCGUCGGUCUUCUUGAUUUUCUUUCGAAGAAGGAAGAGGGUGUCGUCUUCCUCGGGAAACCACACGCGGGAAGCGUGUGGGAGCUUUUGAAAGCGGGCAGGCAUGUGGUCGCGAUGGAAGGGAACUCCGACCUUUUGCAAUUCAUGAUGCAACUGGUCAAAAGCGAGGUCAAUUCCGGGGCGCAUAAUUGCGAGUUCAUGGUCGCGAAGGCGACACGAGAUCGGGUGUGGAACAACAGGAUGGACAUGUGGUUCAAGUUAAGCGAGAGAAAGAGGAACAAGAUAUACGACUUCUUGUUCCUCCGAACGCGGCCGAGGACGGACACUGACGCCGAGUACGUCCGCCGCAAGGACCACAUGUUGGCAUUGCUCGACAACCACCAUUCCGCCUCCCGCAUGAACGUGAAGACGUUUCUCGACAGGCUUCAGUCGUUGUACUUCGUUGAGUCCGAGCAGCAGUUGAAGUUAGCCAGUUACGCCUCCUUGAUCUCCAUUGACGACGAGGAAGCCACCGGUGUUGAGUUCGACGCCAAUGCGAAGGAGGAGGAGAGCGACACCGAGAGCCUCGACCUGCAGUAUGAUCCAGCACCGGCGGAGCACGCCCGAGGGACGUCGUCGGUCGGUCCGUCAUCGAGCGCGGCAGCGGCGGCACCACUCGUGUCACCAAUGGGAAGACCGUCGCCGGGCAGCACGUCGAUGAAGUUGCUGGAGAGGCUGAGAGCUAUGGCAAUUCCCCUGCGCGCUAUGUGUCCCGGGUCCGACAUUCCGCCCGACCAUCCGUCAUGGAAGGAUGACAACAUCCAUUUCCUGCUUGCGCCACAAAGCCAUUCGCCUAAGGCAGACAAGGGCCAUGACAUGCUUUGGCAUCCAGGUGUCAUCCAGCCAGCGAUACAGAAGGGCGAGUGGGUCAUGGCCGUCGCAGUCCCGGAUGGGGGAUGGGUGACGAUUCCGCACGAGUCGAAGUCCACCUUUCUGCACUUCGCGAGGAUUUCGGUCCUCCAGAAAGUGAGGGCCGGAAAUGACAUGUUUGCACCCGACGACCCGUCAGUCGUUUCCACAGCCGGGCGAGUUUUCGACGAGCUCCAAGACAAGUGCUGGUUGGAAUUGACGGAGGACUACUAUGACCUCGACACGAGCCCGUCGAAGGGCGUGGUGAACAGGAAAGUGCCACCUCCCGGUGGGCCACACGGUGGUCCCGAGGGGGGUGGGCCUGGAAGCGGAGGGGACGGGGGGGGUGGUAGGUGGGGGGGCGAAGGAUAUCCGCCCAUCGGGGAGGGAGGGCAUUACGGCGGCACCACGGCCCUGGGAAGCAGCGGUGGGGCGGCGGGUUUUGCCUUCGAUCGGGAUCAGUCUGCUGGCCCCUUGCAGGAGCAUGCGACACAGUCCGCCGACCGACCGGCUUCGUCCGUCGGAUCAGCGAGGGAGACGUUAGCAGCCUUGGUCGCUCUAGGCAGGCGCUCCGGCAGAACGUCGAAGUCCGCUGGGAUCCGAACUACGUCGGUUGAGGAGCCGCCAGUACGGUCGACCCUGUUGGGYGAGCCGAGCCCGGAUUCCACAAUUGGCGGCAGUACGGCGAGGGACGGAAAUGUGUCGCCUGAGAGGGAACGAAGGCCGCUGGGAUUGCAGCGAGAGGCGGCAAGGGCAGGAUCCAGCGACACGGAGACAACGAAGUCCGCCGAGAUCCGAACUUCUUCAAGCGGCGGGUGUCGGCCAGGGAAUGUCGUGCCGCCGAGAGAGGCAGCAUGCGCAGAGACGGAAGGGCGGUCGUCGGGAUUCGGCAAGGGUAACGGGGAAGGGGCUGGAUUGCAUGGAAGGGAAGUAGGGGAGGAAAUGGAGGAAGGGAAGGAAGCCCGCGAAGCGGAGGAGGAAGGGGAAGAACGGGAAGAACGGGAAGAACGGGAAGAACGGGAAGAACGGGAAGAAGGGGAGGAAGGGGAGGAAGGGGAGGAAGGGGAGGAAGGGGAGGAAGGGGACGUGGGUUUUGGAGACACAAGCGAGGCCAAUACUGGAUCUGGAGAAUCGUCUGAUGGGUUUGGACAGCUGUACGGAGAGCAUCGCGAGGAUGAUGUCUACGAGGGUAUGGAGACACAAGUGGUUGUCAGCCUUUCUCGGGAGCCUGAAGAUUAUGAGGUCCAACCGCUAACGUGUGCCGUCGAUUUGCAACACCGGUUCGACGAGGCUUCCGUUGUUGUGAGCCCGUCUAAAGCAAGUCGUCGUAUAAGCAUCGACGAAGUUAUCAACGGUAUACUCGGCGACCAGCACGUGUCCGCGCAUCCGUCCACAACGCCUGACGUCGACGACGCUGGCAACGUCACGCCGCCGGACUCUCGAGUGUUGGCCGCCACCCUCGUCGGCGUAGGGGAAGGCGAGGUCAUGGGACAACAGCACGUCACGUCCCCUAAAAAUUCAAGGAUCGGCAGUCACGCUAUCGACGUUCUCUCUUUGCCAGCGCCAACAUCACCGAUGAAGGAGCAGAGAGACAAACCGACCGGUAAGCGGUGAUGAACGCCACACUGCCUGCACGCCUGGGAUUACGAAAAUGUGCGAUCGGAUUCCUCUGUGGUCCGAAUGUCGGCAUACUGCAGUCCGCGCCAUACACACCACCGCUGUCCACACUGUCUGUCGAUACGGCCACCAUUCCUUCUGUGCAGUGUGUUUUUAUUAACAAAUUCGCGCGCAAUAA